AUGGUCCCAGAAUAUUGCCGCGAAAGAAGAACUGCUGAUCGCUACAAAAAGCCACGGGUGGAUACGAGUCGUGGCAGGGUCACCGUAACUAUAAACUCGUAG